AUGGGGCACCGCCGAUCCUUCAUCGGCUUCCAAGCCGGCCCCGGUGCUCCAGAGCCCGGGCGCAACGCUGCUGACCCUCGAAACAUAUUUAAGAGAAAAUUUAGGAAGAAAUUGGUGAAUGAGGCCCAAUAUCAUUAUACCAAUAAUAAUGAUUUGUACGGUUAUUUAGUUCUCAAUACAGCCUUCACAUCAACAGAGGACUUUUACAAAAAUGAGGACAACAAUUGCCCAUACUGCAAUGUUGCCACAGUGGCAACGAGAGACCAUCUAAAUAAGGUCCAUUUAAAAUAUGCAGUGUGCUUCAGAGACAAUGCAGUUGACACUUUUAGUAUACCCUGUCACUGUGAGGUGAAGCUAGCACAAAGGAGCCAUUGGCACUGUCCCAAGUGCCAAUCCGUCAUACAAAGAAAACAUUCUUUUGAAAAACAUCUGAAGACACAUGGGUUGAUUCUUCAGAGUAAGACACUCCUCCCAGAUUUGUUCUCUGUGAAAGAGAAGCCAGUGGAAUCUGAGAAACGGAACUGUAAAUCUUUUAAGUGUCCUGCAUGUGAUGCAUGUUUUUCUAGUGCACCUACAUUAAGAAGACACGAGUUGGACAAACACAAGAAAGAAACGGAACCCAUCUUGCUUGUGGAUGAAGAGAGAGGGAUUUUUGUUACAGCACAGGACAAGUCUGGACCACGGACCAUAAUUCAUGUGUCCAAGUCCUUUUCUAGGCAGGUCCUUGACUGCGAAGUGCCAAGCUGCAGGGAGUUUAUGGCCAUGGCAAUGGGCAGAGAAUGCAUACAUUUGGACAGAGUAAAGCAUUUCCAGUACCACCAGCCACCUCCUCUGCUGCAGACUACGGUAAUUGAGGAGAUGUUCGAAAAGGGGCUGAUUUCCAGCACUACUAAACAGGAAUGCACAAACCUAAAUGACAGAGCCACACAGGAUGGGACUCAAUGUGUAUAUCCUGUGUUUUUUGAUGAACACGGAUAUUCGGGCAGUAAAGUAAACUUUUCCGUGUACACCUCAAAAGUGGACAGUUGGUGUUGUUUUGGCAGAACAAGAGUGACACUGGACACUGGAAGUAGAAAGUGGACAUGUCGCUGCAAAGGCACAAAGAGAAGAAUGUGUGUCCACAUUUAUGUCUCGUUGUGUUGGACCUUCCAGGAAAGACGACACCUCCUACGUGACAAUGACAGGGACGUGGACUUCAGUAGUGACACUGACAAUGAUCUCUACAGUGAAGAUAUGGAGCCAAGCCAUUUUGAAAGUGAAAAUAAAAUUUGUUCAGAACAGAUUUAAAAAAUUGUAGAAUACUUGUGUAACUGCAAAGAAAUGCCUCCCAAACUACCAGAGGAGUUGCAAAAUAAUGCAGCAAACAUCCCACAGAAGUUCUCACCUGAAGAAACCAAGUGCCCGUACUGU